AUGAACUGGUUGCUUCUCCGAUGGCAACUGUUGCUUGCGUUCUUCCAUGUUUUCCAUGUCGAACUGGGUGAACGCGUUCGUUUGGCGGAGCUGCUCAGCAUUGAUCCGGAGGCGCUUCAGCAGCAGAAGCGCCUCAAGGCGCUACUCGCGCGGCACGAGGGCGGCGCCAAGUUCACCAACCUCGAGGCGGUCGUUCGCCAGCUCUUUACCAUCUUUUUCAAAGACUUCCCAGUGCUUUUGCAGGCGCCCUCGUUGCCCACGCCCUAUGGCUGGCAGAUCCCGAUCUUUGGGCUGGAAGUUGGCGCAAACAACACCCAGGCCACAGCGUCGGACGCCGUCAGGUCAGGCCUUCGGCACGUGCACAUCCUCCUGCCGUCGGGCCCAACCACCCGGGCAACCGAUGGCAGCACCUUUGUGCGAAAGAUCUUGCCAUUGAAAUUGGCAGAGGUGUUGAACAACCUGCAGCAGAAGCACCUGCACUAUUUACGCGAAGCGAUGGUCAUCACCGUGCGGACGCCGCCACACCUGGUCUUUGUGCUGGCGGAGGUCCGGAAGACCUUGGCCACCGCGGGCUAUGCGGUGGCUUGCUGGUUUCUGGAUGUCCGUGGCUGUACUCCAGCUGACAUUGGAGAGCACUGGCAGGCCAUUUCGGCCGCGAAGGCGCCCAGCGAGGCCGUAGGGCUCUUUGGCGGACAUCAACGCUUAUUGAAGGCCAUCCAGGGCAUCGGAGCCUUUGUGGCCAUUUGCGCAGUGAAAGUGCAUCCAGGAAAGCGGCCCGAUGAGCCCGAAAUGCGACUCAUGAGCAAGUUAGCCAGCCAAGGGACCUUGCCUAUGGCAUAUGGCAUCUUCGGACCUCAAAACGCGUGGCUUCAGAGUCCACACGCCCAGUCCGCAGCUGGGCGAUUGAAGAUUGCGCCCAGCACGUUGGCGCUGAAGUGGGCAGAGCACAAAGGCUUCCUGGCGCUGGUCCCGGAAUUGCAACAUUUGCUUGGGUCUGUUCCCUUGGACCAUCGCAGCUUCAUGCGCCUGUGUCUCGGCCACCACGAAGGGAGGACUGCAUGGCCGUGUUCUGUGGGAUUGGCAACAUCCCUGAGGCCUGGAGCACCCAGGGCCGCCUAG